AUGGCACCCAAGAAAUCGCAACAGCAGAAGUUGUCGCUCGGCGACUUCCUGAACGACCAGUCGCUCGGCUCGUGGGCCGAUGAGAUGGAGACUGCUCCUCUUCCUGCCGCUCCUUACCAAUCUUCCCGUACCAACACUUCGUCCGGCGGCUGGGGCGCCUCUUCCCGCCCUGCUGCCCCUGCUGGCGACGAUGCCGCUGCUGGUGGUUUCCGCGACCGUACCGCUGGCUACGCCGUUCGCGAGCAGCUCCCCAUGCCCGACAAGCCCCCAUACACCGCCCAUCUCGGCAACCUUUCUUUCGAAGUCACCGAGGCCGAUGUCCGCGAUUUCCUCGACGGCUGUGAGGUUACCAGCGUCCGCAUUGUUGAGGACAAGAUGGACCGCAGACCCAAGGGUUUCGGUUACGUCGAGUUUGGUACCGUCGACGGCCUGAAGAAGGCUCUUACUCUCAGCGAGACCCAGUUCCAGGGCAGAAACAUCCGCAUCAGCGUUGCCGACCCCCCCAAGGACCGUGAACCUCAGCGCGAACUCAACGACUGGACCCGCAAGGGUCCCCUUCCCGACCUUCCCGGACAGCGUGACGGUGGCAUGCGCCGUGGAAUGGGCGACAGAGCUGGUAGCUUCAGACAAGGUCCCCCCGAAGGUGUCGACUCCAAGCCCCGCGACUUUGGCAACUGGGAGAGAAAGGGACCCCUCACCUCCGCUGAGCCCAGACCCCAAGGUGAGCGCAGAGAAUCAAACUUCAACAGAGAGCCUAGAGAACCCAGAGCUGCUCCCCAAUGGGGUGAGGGCGCUGCCGACCGUGCUUCCGGAACCGGCGAGAGACCUCCCAGACCUGAGAGACCCGAGAGACAGCCCACCGCUGCCGAUAUGGACGACAAGUGGAGAGCCAGAAUGAAGCCCGACUCGCCCGCCGACUCCCCCGACGCCAGCACCCCCACCUCGCCUCAAGCACCCGCACAGAGACCCAGACUCAACCUCGCCAAGCGUACUGUUUCAGAGGCUCCCGCCGAGAACAACGCCGCUGCUUCAUCCAAGGCUUCGCCGUUCGGUGCUGCCCGUCCUAUCGACACCUCGGCCAGAGAGCAGGAGAUUGAGGAGAAGCGUAAGAUCGCAAUCCGUGAGAAGAAGGAGGCAGAUGACAAGGCUCGCGAGGAGAAGCGCGCCAAGGAGGCCGCUACCAAAGCUGAGAAGGCUGAGAAGGAGGAGAAGCCCGAGGGCGAGGACAGCAAGCAGUACGAGAUCCUGCGCCGUAUGGAUGAGGGUGACGAGAACGACAAGGAGGGCGUUGACGCUGAUGCUGAGGGUACCAUCACCGACGACAAGCAAGUGAAGCCCCAAGAAAUCACACGCGAGGCACCGGCCAAGGGCGGCGACUCAUGGAGAAAGACCGAGGAGCCUCAGACCACAGCCGAGACCAUGGAGGACGAUGGCUGGUCCACUGUCUCGGCCAAGACUAAGAACUUCAACCGCAGAGGAGGCAACCGCGCCAUGGCCUCGUAA